AUGAUUGCAGAGGAGAACGUCUCUGCCGUGAUCCAGAGGAGCGACCUCCCAUCGAAAAAGACCGACCCAGGAAAGUUCACGCUCCCGAUUUCGAUUGGAGAUAUUCAAGUGGAGCACGCCAUGUGUGAUUUGGGAGCAUCUAUCAACGUUCUGCCAUAUGCUAUCUAUAAGAAGCUGGGGAAGGCCAAGCUAGUCGAUACUGAUAUCAUGAUACAGCUGGCCGACAGAUCGUGCAUUCACUCGGAGGGAAUUCUAGAAGACGUAAUCGUGAAGGUGAAUAACUUUCUGUACCCAGCCGACUUCUUCGUCAUCAAAAUGACAGAGCCAGCAGCGAAGGAGUCUAGUGGAGUCCUGUUGGGAAGACCGUUCCUGUCGACGGCCAGCACUAUUAUCAACGUCCGUAAUGGGACGAUCAGCUUGGAUUUCAACGGAGAACAGUUUACGUUCAACAUCGAUGAAGCGAUGAAGCGGCCAUCAGACAGUGAAAAUGUGUAUUUGGUGGACGUGACUGAGCCACUGGUGCAGGAGUACCUGGAGGAGGUUAUUUUGCGAAGACAGUUCACAAACUCCACCAUGGAUGCAGAAGUCGAGAAAGAAGUCGCCGAAUGGUAUGAAGCCUUGAACGUUGGCGAAAUGGAUGAUCAAGCAAUUUGCAAGCGACCGUGA